CGUGGCACAGACUUGAUACAGAAGAGGAGACGGCGGCGGCGGCACAGCAUCUAUAAAACGCGUUCCCAUCACAGCAUUUGUUAUCGCGGUGGUGGUUGUUAGUGGUGCCGGUGGUGAAGCAAGUUGUGAUUUUUUCGUGGUAGUUGUGUUGGGGGCAAAGAGACAUCAUGGCGGAUUCCAUGAAUGAUGAGACGAAGCUUAUGCUCAGAAAGGCGUUCGCGAUGUUUGACGAGAACAAGACUGGCUUCAUCAACACAGACAAGCUGCUCGGCAUCCUCGGGGACCUCGGGCAGACCGUGGACCCCGACGAGCUGCGGAACGCCAUCAAGGAAAUAGACUUGGACGGGAAGGCAGAGGCGGAAGGGAAGAUCAACUUUGACCAGUUCGUGAGCGUCGUCAGCUGUUUCAUGCAAGAUGACGACGAGGAGGCGAUGGCGGAGGAGCUGCGGGAGGCCUUCAGGCUAUACGACAAGGAGGGCAACGGUUACAUCACCACGCAGACGCUGAAGGAAAUCCUGAAGGAGCUGGACAACAAACUUUCUGACGAUGACCUGGAGAGCAUCGUUGAGGAGAUCGACGAGGACGGUUCAGGGACAGUCGACUUCGAUGAGUUCAUGGAGAUGAUGACGGGAUAAUAAAGAAGAAGAAGAAGAAGAAGAAGAAGAAGAAGAAGAAGAAAAA